AGAUAGUGUGACUGGGGGCGGUAGUGUUAGUGUUAGUGUUGGUGUUAGUGUGGUCACUAGUGGUGUAGUGGACAACAUGGCGGGAGAGACGGAGGCUGUGGAAGCUCUCAAGAAACUUGUCGAGGGAGAAAACAACUUAUAUCUUGGAAAAACGACUGAUGAGACAAUUCUACGGGAGUUCCUCAAUUUGACAGACUUCAAUAUUGACAAAGCAUUUGAAAGGAUAAAACUAUGGUUCAGACUAAAAGCUCAAAACAACCAGUUCUACGCUUCCAAAAGAGAUCCAAAUGUUCACGACAUAAUUUUGAAGAAAGAAGUUCACAUGAUGCUACCAGACAGGGACCAGCUAGGAAGAAGAGUAUAUUUGUUUAAACUGGGUAAUCUAGUGUACGGUGCUCACGAGCCUUACGAGAUGUUCCAAGUGGACGACAUCUGGUUGACCUUGGCUCUCCAAGAAGAGGAGACUCAGAAGAAUGGACUAGUGUUUUUGAUGGACAUGGACAAGUUCUCUUGGAAGUUCUUGCGAUACUUCACUCCACACAUCAUUCGGUGUUCCACCGCCAAAGCUGAGAGUAUUCCAUCGAAGCAUAUACAAUAUCACAUUAUAAAAGCAGGGUUUUGGAUCAACACAAUUAUCACUCUUGUCUUUCCAUUCCUAAGUCAAGCAACAAAAGAACAGGUAUUUUUCCACAAGUCCAAUGAGAGUCUGCACGCACACAUCACUCCCAGUAUACUUCCUCCUGAGUAUGGAGGAACUAAACCUCCUCUGGUCCCAGCCCAGCUGGUCAAAGAUUACCUCGACCCAAGCACGGACAGACUCAACGAGCUUCUUUCUUAUGGCUAUACUGAGAAGCCCAGUGAAUGACCAGAGGAAAGAUGGUGCCAUAAGAAGCAUUCAAGCUGAGAACGACAAACCAUCUGUGCCAAAUAAUUAUUACCAAAUAUGAUUUUACUGUAUAUAUUUGAUUAUAUAUUUUAAAAGACACUAGAUAAGUUUUAUAUAAUGUUAUUUGCUAAGUGAAGUGAAUUUUGUAUCAUAGAAAUAAAAGUAAACAAAUUUGCCUUUUAAA